AUGGUGCCAUUGUUCUUGGCAACAAUGGUGGGGCUUUUCUUUGAAGAGGAGAAUAAUGGAAAAUCGUGCUUGAAGAAUGUCGGCACAGCCAAAGAUGUUGCCAUGGAGUCUAAGCAGCAACAACUUUUAGAUGAGCAAUCCAUGGCACUUGAGGGUCUUCAAAUUUUAACUAAAUUUCAAUCUGAAGCACUAGAAGAGAGCAGGAGUACUCUGCAACAGUUUGCUGAAUAUAGCCACAAACAACAGGAAGAGCUUCUUCGGCAGCAAGAACAGCUUCAAAGAGUUCAUGACCACCUCAUGGAAAAUUCAAAGUCUAUUUUAGCAGCUCAGGAAUCUUUUAAAUCAAAGCAAGCAAGCAUGUUUGCUUUGCACAAUGCCAUGCUGCUUGAAUCGCGAGUAAUUAAAGCUUUCUUUCUGUACUGUAUAUCAAUUUUGAUCAUCUAUAUGUUCACUAGCACAAAGCAAACAUACAAAGUCAGGCCCAGGCUAUAUAUCGGGCUUUGCGCUACAUUCGUAAUAGAAGUUGCAAUACUUCGGCUUGCAACAAAUGAGAAUAUUGAACGAAGAUCAUGGAUAAUAAAUUUGACCAGGUCGCUCUUUGUGCUUCUUGCUUCAAUCCAGAUUCUACAUGCCAUAUGCACAUACAGAGACUUUGAAGUGCUGAACCAUCAGAUGCUUCUAACAUUAAUUGAGAAGAUUAAUGGCUUGGAUAGACACAAGGAAUUGUCAUGUGACAUGGAUAGUGAUGAAAACUGGUCUACAUGGAUUGACUCUGACUUACCAGAAGAUGUAAACAAUUUUGAGGACCCUGACUAUAUACUUCCAGAGGAAGUUGGAGAAAAUUCAAUCAUGACCACUUCAAUUACAAGAAAAUAUAAUCUCCGCCACAGAUAG